AUGACUAAGAGGUUAUCGACUCUCCCGUCACCCAUCCUGCUCUGUGCCCGGGAGGCUGCCCAUGUGGAGGGCAGCAGCAGGAGUUUAGGAGCAGGAAAGAGCGAGGAGGGCGCCCUGGGGGAGGUCACGGAGGCCCGCGCUGCCGCCGCCCGGGAGGUGCUCCUGGCUGCGCUUGAAGACCUAAGCCAGGAGCGGUUGAAGCGCUUCCGCCACAAGCUGCGGGACGCGCCGCUGCACGGCCGCCGCAAACCGUGGGGGCGGCUGGAGGGCACGGACGCCGUGGACCUCGCGGAGCACCUGAUCCAUUUCGACGGGCCGGAGCGCGCGCUGGACGCGGCGCAAAAGACCCUGAAGAGGGCGGGCGUGCGUGAUGUGGCGACGCUGCUCAAGGAGCAGCGGCUGCGGAGGCUCGGCCUCAGCUCCUAGGCGCUGCUCUCCGCGUCAGAGUACAAGAAGAAAUACCGAGAGCACGUGCUGCGGCAGCACGCCAAGGUGAAGGAGAGGGACGCUCGCUCCGUGAAGAUGAGCGAGCGCUUCACCAAACUGCUCAUCGCGCCCGAUAGCGCUGCCCUGGAGCACGAGGCUCCGGGGCCCGCGGAAGAGCCGGAGCCGGAGCGCGCUCGGCGAUCCGACACCCACACCUUCAACCGCCUGCUCGGCCACGACGGGGAGGGCCAGAGACCGCCGACCGUGGUGCUGCAGGGCCCGGCGGGCAUCGGCAAGACCAUGGCGGCCAGGAAAAUCCUGUACGACUGGGCGGCGGGCAAGGUGUACCACGGCCAGGUGGACUUCGCCUUCUUUGUGUCUUGCCGCGAGGUGCUGGAGCGACCGCGCACGUGCAGCCUGGCCGACCUGACCCUGGACCAGUAUCCCGACCGCAACGCGCCGGUGCGGCAGAUGCUAGCGCAGUCCACGCGGCUGCUGUCCAUUCUGGACGGCGUGAACGAAUUGCCGGCGCCAGGGCCCGCCGAGGCCGCGCCCUGCACAGACCCCCUUGAGGCCGCGAGCGGCGCGCGGAUGCUGGGCGGCCUGCCGAGCAAGGCGCUGCUGCCCACGGCCCGCGUGCUGGUGACCGCGCGCGCCGCCGCCCCCGGGAGGCUGCAGAGCCGCCUGUGCUCCCCGCAGCGCGCCGAGGUGCGCGGCCCCUCCGACAAGGACAAGAAGAAGUACUUCUACAGGUUCUUCCAGGACGAGUGGAGGGCGGAGCGUGCCUGCCGCUGCGCGAAGGAGAAUGAGACGCUGUUCUCGCUGUGCUUCGCCGUGUGCUGGACCGUGUGCCCCGUUCUGCGCCAGCUGCCAGGUCCUGACCUGUCGCGCACCUCCAAGACCACCACGUCCGUGUACCUGCUUUUCAUCGGCAGCGUCCUGAGCUCGGCGCCCGCGGCCGACCGACCCCGCCUGCAGGAAGAGCUGCACAAGCUGUGCCGCCUGGCCUGCGAAGGCGUCCUCGGGGGCAGGGCGCAGAUCUCUGAGAAGGACCUGGAACGACUGGAGCUUUGCGGCUCCAAAGUCCAGGCGCAGUUUCUCAGCAAGAAUGUGACAGGCGUGCUGGAAACCGAGGUCACCUACCGGUUCCUCGACCAGACCUUCCAGGAAUUCUUAGCCGUGCUGUUCUACCUGCUGGAGGACGAAGGGCUCCCCACACCUGCUGGCGGCGUAGGGGCACUUCUGCGGGGGCACCCGGAGCUGCGUGGCCACCUCGCGCUCACUACGCGAUUCCUUUUCGGGCUACUGAACACAGAGAGGAUGCGCGACAUCGAGCACCACUUCAGCUGCGCGGUUUCAGAGCGCGGGAAGCAGGAUGUCCUGAGGUGGGUGCAGGAUCAGGGCCAGGGCUGCCCUAGGGUGGCACCAGAGGGGACCGAGGGGACCCAAGCGCUCCGGGGCGCUGGGGAGUCAGAGGAGGAGGAGGGCGAAGAGCUCAGCGACCUGCUGGAGCUGCUGUACUGCCGGUACGAGACGCAGGAGGGCGCCCUUGUGCACCAGGCCCUGCGCGGCCUUCCUGAGCUGGCACUGGAGUGAGUGCACUUCAGCAGAAUGGACCUGGCCGUCCCCAGCUACUGCGUGCUGUGCUGCCCGGCGGGGCAGGCCCUGCAGCUGGUUAGCUGCAGACUGGCCACUGCCCAGGAGAAGAAAAAGAAGAGCCUGAUGAAGUGGCUACAGGGCAGCCUGGGAGGCAGCUCCUCUCGAACCACCAUGAGAAAACUCCUGGGCUCCCCACUGCAUCCACUCUGUGAGUGGACCGACCGACAGUGUGGUCUGAACACCCUGAUGCUGUCCCGCUGCAAACUGCCCGACUUGGUCUGCAGAGACCUCUCUGAGGCCCUGACGGAGCUGGGCCUCUUCCACAGCUGGCUCAGCGAGGCCGGCCUGCAUGCGCUGAGUGAGGGCCUGGCCUGACCCCAGUGCCGGCUGCAGACACUCAGGGUGCAGCAGCUGGGCCUCCAGGAGGCCCAGUAUGUGUUUGGCCUGCUCCAGCAGAGCCCAGCGCUGACUACCCUGGACCUCAGUGGCUGCCAGCUGUCGGGGACUAUGGCGACCUAAUUGUGUGCCGUCCUGCAGCUCCCAGGGUGCCGCCUGCAAAGCCUCAGUCUAACGUCCGUGGAGCUGAGCGAGCGGUCACUGCAGGAGCGGCGGGCCGUGGGGACAGCAAAGGCGGGACUGGCCGUCACCCACCCAGCAUUGGACAGCGACCCCCAGCCUCACAAAGGGCUCGGCAGUGACCCCUGA